AUGGCGGCCAAUGAGAUGCGAUCUUGGGGCUGGCUCGCUGGGUUGGUUGCCCUCGGUCUGGCUGCGUGCCUGGCGACGGCCCAGGAGCGGGCGGCCGCCGCAGAGACAAAUCUCAGCGCGUCCACGCUACCGGAGCUGUUGGCCGCGAUGCUGAGCGCCAACCGGGCAAAGGGGCCGGUCUCGAUCGCCCUGUCCGGGGACAUAUACCUGGACCCCGACCUGCUGUGGACGGUGCCAGAGUUGAGGGUGGACGUCGCGCUGCGGGGCGGGCGGCUGCUGGUGGACGACGUGCUGGCGGUUUGCUCCCUCGGGACCAAUGUCACGCUGACCCUGGAGGGCGUGGCGCUGCGCUACCGGCGGCUGGUGGGCCUGGGCACGAUGUUCGUGGGCGUGGUUGGGCUGGGGCGCAGCGGCAGGCUGGCGAUGCGCAACGUCACGGCGGAGGUGACGCCGAGGUCGUUCGGGCACAUUGAGGCCAACCUGGGCGGGGAGUACCCGGCCGGGAGGGCGGAGGGGAUCGAAAAGCUGCCGAUGGGGCGGGGCUUCAGCGUGGCUUCGCUGACCAUGGGGAGGGUGACAGUGCUGGAGUCCGUUUUCCGGGCGACUGACGAGUCGGUGGCCGUCUGGCCGGAGGCCUACGAGCAGCAGGUGUUCCGGGCCUCGCAGCUGGUGCACCAGCUGCGCAAGGCGCAGACGCCGGACCCCUUGCGCCCCUUCCGCCUCACGCUGGCGCGGACGAUGUCGCUGGCGCUGGAGGACGUGCCGGAGGGGCCCAUCCAGCUGAGGCGCAAGGUGGUGAUCCGGGGGCCGGGCGAGGAGGGCGUCGGCCUGUACCUCUUCGCGGACCUGCAGGGCGGUAAACUGCUCAACGUGUCGCAGGGCGGCAUGCUGGUCUUCCAGGACCUGACGUACGACUACCAGGCGGCCGUGCCGCCCACAUCCCAGUUCGGCGCGUGCACAAACCUCUCCUGCAUCGACACCGACACCAUGCUGCCCUUCACCUACGACCAGUCCUCCGCGGUCUGCAGCUACGUGUCCAUCAACACGUCCAUGCACACGUGGUGCCCGUUCGUCACGGGCCUGGCCAAGUGGCUCUUCCUGCGGCAGACGAGCCCUGGAACGGACACCACCUCGAGUGUCGUGCACCUCCCGGGAGUUGCCGAGCUGGCGGAGUUCAAGGCCGGGGACACGGAGUCGUUCAGCCUGGCGUCGUUCAUAGGCUCCGGGACCUGCGUGCACAACUCGGAGAUCACGUGCAGCGAGGCGGAAAUCGACCAGUCGGCGGGGAUCCUAAAACCUCCUCGGGGGGAGGGCAAGCGGCCGGAGCUGAAGGACAAGCCGGAGAAGUUCAAGGGCGAGGCGCGGACGGGGACGCCCCAGGGCAUCGGCGUGGGGGUGGCCACGGCGAUCGGCCUGGUGGGCGUGGUGCUGCUGUCCGUGACGGUGUUCGUCUUCGCGGUCGUGCUGCGGAGGCGGAUCGGCAAGCGCGGGCUGGAUUCCGAGGACGGGCGGUGGAUGGAUCAGCCCCUGGCAGGGGGGAGUUCCACGUGUGAGAGCGAGGGCUCAAGCGGAAGCCCGGGGCAGAAGAGCGCGAAUCAUGCGCUUCAAGAAGCGCCCGCCCCCGCGCCGGUGCCCAUGGUUGAGGUGGAUGUGGAGGAGAGGGGGGCGGGCGGGGGGGAGGGGUCGGUGUCCAUGGACCCGUCGUCGGUGAGCGGGGGCACGCUGAUGGAGAGGAAGUGGCGGGAGCUGAAGGAGGAGAUGCACAAGAUGAACGACGACUCGGUGCAGCUGCAGGAGCAGAUUGGGUCGGGUGAGUGGGGUGGGGGGAGGCUGUCGUUGUUCAUUGCGGCAUGCAUGGCUAUUGAAUCAGGUCAGGCGGUGGGGGGAGGUGGGCGUGCGUGGCCAGCCAGGAUGUCUUUUGGGGGGAUGUGGUUCUGCAGAGGCGUUUGGCACGUUGGUUCAAUGGGAGUGGUGAGCGUGUGCUGUGGCACUGCGCUCAACGUAGAUUGUGCCACGCAAGUCGCGCUUUUGCAGAUGACAUUGGAGCGGGCUGUCACACCCUCUUUGGCACCUUCAUCCUGGCAAUCAGUUUUGCAGGGGCAUCUUGGUGACUGA